GGGUGGGGGGAGCAAGGCUAAUAGGAGAGGUCCCGUCCCCAAAGGAGCAGGAAGAAGGCCAGGUCAUUGUUCAUGUUGCACGAAAAGAGGGCACCCUUGGUAGCACGUUCCAGAAGAUGUACAGCCCUCCAGGGAGAGCACAGGAUAGUAUUGCGGGGGGAGGAAACUGGAGAUCCGGGAGUCCAGUGCCCACACUCCUGGAGGGGCGGCUCUCCGUGGGCCCCCCACCCCCCCGCCGCGGGCCACAUUCCAAGGGCUCGCUGGACGCCUAGUGAGUGGAACAGAAUUGCCGUGGGUGGCAGAUGAGCGGUCACGUGGCAUGAAAGAUGUGCAGGGGUGCCCUGUGAGGCCCCCUCGGGACGUCGUGAACAACAGAGGCAUGCAGGUGUGCAUCGGGUAGAUGGUGAGAGACCUAAGCCCCAGCUCUACAGAACAUCUGGGUACUGGGUGACAUUAGACGUGCGGGCAGGAAGAACGGAUCCAAAAAAAAUAGGACGAGGAUGGGUCUUUUUGGUGUUUUUACGUAAGACAAAGGAGAAGAGAAGGGAGUUUUGUGGGAAUGUCGAUCAUUGGGUUAAGAUGAAAAUGUAAUAUGGAAAGCCAUGAGCAGACAGUGACAAAGGAGAAGGUGUAAGUAAGUGCAGGAUCAAUACGGGUACACAACAGAGUUCUGCAGUGAGUAAGCUGGUGGGUAUUUUAGCCGAGAUGGAGACCGGAGCUACUGACCCUCCUCUGUGAAAGGGAACAAAGGUGCUAGGACAGUUUGUGAAGUUUCUUUUGAUUCCAUGACUCAGGAGAGGGCACUUCAGGGGUCUUGAGAAGCAAGUGCCAGUGGCAAGAGACGGUGGUUCACCAACAUCCACCACAGCAUUAUUUCUAGUCUUACAAAGUAAUGUCGAACAACGUAAUAUAUACAAGUGUACUCACGCUAUCAUGGUGUUUACAAAGCGGGAUACAAACAUACAGUUAUGCGAGCGCAACUGUGUAAAACAGCAUUAUGGAAGGAAAUGUGUUGUUAAGAGUGGUUAUUUCUACAACCCGAAGGUACAGAUGAUUUUUAGUCGUUCGCCUAUUUUUCUAGUGUUCUACAAUCAGCAUCUAUUGCUUUGUUGUAAACAGGAAAAAGUUCAGCUAAAAAGGGUGACGGUGACUCAGCAGUCUCCCCAGUUACCCUCUGAAGGAAGCAAGGCUUAUUGUGAAAGGGAAUUAAAAAGCUCACGGUGGCAAGAACGUGAUUGCUAGGAUUGUUAAAGGCCAAAAAAGCCAGGGUGGGCUCCUAGGACAGCAGAGGAGGGGAGUGCCAUGGGCUUUUCCAGCCAAACAUCGUAAGCUUUCACUAUGAAACAUUUAAAUGACAAAGAAGCUAGGACCAGCCUCCAGCCUCUUAGUCCACGAGGUCCUGAAGUCUGUCCAGAUGUCCUACAGGACACGAGCAGCAGCCAGCCCAGCGCUGUGCGGCCCCACAUCCUGUUCCCAAGUGCAUGUUCUUUCUCUCCCUCCGGGCACCUUCUGUUCUCACAGAACAAAUAAGGGAUGUGGUCAGACACCCCUUCCUUCCAGUCAGCUGUGGGAAAGAGGGAGGGCCCGCUCCUCCCCAGGGGACCCUUCAGACGCUGCCCUCCGGUGCUGACCAGAUGUCACUCUAGUUUGUCCCCAGCACCUGUUGUCUUCUGAGGCCUAAGGCCAGCAGCACUGAGUUCCCAGGGCUCUGGGCUGUCAAUGGCCAUUUUAUUCCACACUGGAAGAUUUACAAAUAUAAAGGUAUCGUAUGCAGACGACUGUUGUAGGGGCCAAUUUGGAGAAGUCCUUUGGAGUAAAAAUGGAGUGAAAAGAUUUUUCAAAUAUGAUGAGGAAGGGGUCUACUACAUGACAGGGAUUACCAUGAAGUUUUCUGCAGGUCAAUUGGGCAAUAUGCAAUAAAAUCACCAAAAAUUUUUUUUACUUUUGACUCUGAUUGUACUCUUAGAGAUCUAGCCUAAGGAAAAAUCAGAAUCGUACAAGCAUCUUCCCUGAUUGUCACUUAUAAUGGUGAAAAAUGGACACAAUCUGUCUGAUAGUGUCAUGGAUAAAUCUACGACAUGAGCUAUUACACAGCCAUUAACCACGUUUUUGAAGACCAUUUAACAGCUUUGAAAAAAGGUUCACAAUAGUCAGUGAGAAAAUCAUUGUGGUCAACUGUAUGAUUAUUUAAAAAUACACCACAUAGGAAAAAAAUAUUGGUAGAAAAUUAACAGUGAUUCUAUGUAUGCGGUGGGAGAAGAGGUGAUUUUUCUAUUUUUUCUUUUAAAAAUGACUUUCCAAGAUUUCUAUAAUUACUGUUGUCAGGAAAAAAUUGUAGACACUUAAAAAGUAGGGAGUACGACUGUGUGAUUUCAUUACCGGGUGGCCUCUCGUCUUCACCAAGUCCUGACUCCCAGAGCCGGGCAGCUGAGCUCACAGGGCUCAACCCCAGCUCACGUGAGAACAUGCUACAGAGCUUCUAGAACAACCAGUGCCUGGCCCCAACCUCAGAAGUUCUGAUCUGACUGGUCUGGGUCCCACUGAGGGUGGUUCUUCCAGCUCCUGGGUGGUGCUGCUGUCCCCCACGGAGCCUGUAGCACCGUCCUCCCCCUCCGGGCCCCCAAGGAGCGGCGGCUCCUUCACCCUCGACGAGCCCACCCUCGUCAGGACCUGAGCAACUCCCUCAGACGUUUCCAGUGGCUUGUGGUGUUGAAAGUGCAGCGAAGCCCCUGUUGAGAGGGCAUCAGUGUGCACGUUUCAGGCACUCCCAGCUGCCCCGCGGGGGGCCCUUCCCCCUGAACUUGGCCCCGAGAGGCGGCUGAGGACUCACCGAGUGGGUGCUGCCUGGAGGCUCCCUCUAACUUCUGGUUCCCGCUGGGGUCGGGAGGAAGGGUGCCACGGGUGUUUACGGAAUUCCAGGAGCUGUGAGGACGCUCACGGAUGUGCCUUCCCGCAGGUACCCGGAAGGCGGCCGUGCCAAGGGCAGGGGAAGAUGACCACGCCCAGCCCGAGGCAGGGCGCACAGCUGCGCUUCCUGGCCAUCAUGGCCGCCACGGCGGCGGCCAUCUCCCUGCUCUUCUAUGCUCUCCUCUGGAAGGCCGGCAACCUCACGGACCUGCCCAACCUCAGAGUCGGCUUCUACAACUUCUGCCUGUGGGACCAGGGCACCGGCUCCCUGCGGUGCCGCCAGUUCCCUGAGCUGGAGGCCCUGGGCGUGUCGCGGGUCGGCCUGGCCCUGGCCAGGCUUGGUGUGUAUGGGGCCCUGGUCUUGAUGCUCUUCGUCCCCCUGCCUCUCUUCCUGGCCUGGUGCCACAGCAGCAAGGGAGAGUGGCGGCUGGCGGUGGGCUUCCUCGCCACGUCCUCCUUGCUGCUGGCCGGUGGCCUGGGCCUCCUCCUCACCUACACGUGGAAGUGGGUCAGGCUCUCCCUGCUGGAGCCCGGGUUUCUAGCUCUGGGCACCGCGCAGGCCUUACUCGUCCUCUUGCUCAUGGCCACGAUCGUGUUCCCUCAGAGGGCGGAGGACAAGAGCAAGCUGGACAACUACUAGGUCUGUCAAAAGGUUAACGUGAUCGCCAGAGUUCAGUUUGAACUAUGCUCAGAGAAGGUGCCAGAAACUUGAGGGGCUGGUAUGUCUUCUCAGCCUGUUUGAUAGCGAAUGCCCAUCUCAAGCCCUAGGAGCCAGGCCCCGCCACAGAGAAGGUGGGGUACCUAGAGUCAAGAGGCCAGGAGGCAGCAAUGGCGGGACUUCCAAGGUUCCCAAGGGCACCCCCAGACCACACAGCUCACCGUCCUGAGAACUCCUGCUUUCCUGCACUGAUCUGAGCAAGCCAUUCUCACUUCAUCCUCAGGCUCAUGGACAGAGGACUCCUGUCACGAGGCCUGACUUCCAGAACGAUUUGCCAAAUGUCAAACUAGAACCCAGUUAAGGUUUAUGUCAACCAAUGGGGAACAUUAUGAGAGAUAGCGAGCUCGCCUCGGUGUCUCUUGGGGCUCCCGGUUAGCAGGCUCCCCCUCUCCAUGGUGGGUGCGAUGUGAUGAGCCCCCUUUCCCUAAUACCACUCCCGAAGGCCCAGGAGUGAUCCCUUGAGGGAUUCACUAGAGACCGAACCCGUGGGCACAAAGAGAAGCCUUGGUGGCUCUGAAGGCUCUCCUGGAAAGGCUCCUGGACCCGAGGCCAGACAAAGCAGGGGCGUCAGCAGGCAAAUCGUUCCUAGCACGGGCCCUGGGAGUUGGGAACAGAAUACACCAAAUCCCCAGAGAGGUGAGGAAGGUGAACAGAACAGCUCCACGUACAUACUGAUGCUGCAUCCCUUCACUUCUCCACCCAGAAGUGCAAAGGAGAAGAGCACAACCUCCGCCUUGUGGACCGGUUUGUAUUUCUGAGCACCUGCAUGUCGGAAAACCUGUGCAGCAAAUGCCCGCCUCAUUCCAUCUGUCCAAGGCCACCCUGAAUAGAGACAGAACUGGGGACUCUGGCAGGAUCUCGGCUGCAGAGUCUCCUGCGGGCUCCUGUCCCAGUCUUGCUUCCCAACUGCCCGGGGACUGAGGCUGAGCCGCCGAGUAGAAGGAAGGUGGCAGCGUGGGGGGCGGAGGCCUUCCAGUGCAGAUCCCUGUGGGCAGGACAUCUGCCUCCCGGGCUGCACAGGGGAUGGAAACAGGCUUCCUCCUUAGGGAGAGAUCCCGCUGACUGUCGGAAUUCCAGUGAACUUAGCAGCUAUACUCCUUCUUCUUUCAAAUUUAUUAAGUUGACUCUACGACGGUUCCAGUAAGUGUGACCCCCUUGUCCACCUUUCCCUGAACCUGGGAAGUGAAUAAAGCCAGACCCUCAGAGUGGAGGAGGCGCAGCGCAGAGAGAAAUUCUAUGGUUCCUCACUUCCACACACUCAACGCGACAGCUCCCAAGGCCCAAAGCCUCCUGGGCUUCCCCUCCUUGGUGCAUCUGCCAGCCCAGGGAGGGGAGGACUGGGCCUCUUCGGCAUCCUCGGCCAGGCCCCAGGCCGGGAAGGGAAGCCGGCUUCCCUCAGCGCCCUGGGAAGGAAGUUCUGGGAAGUCUGUCCCUUAGCUGAAAAAUAUCUCCCUGACAUAUUUUAACAUGUCCUCGUCCUCCUCAGGGCUCCUGCUGCACGCAGAGUCAGACCCCGUGGGCCCCUGAGGAGGGCGGAGGCCUGGAGGAAGGGCGUCUUUCCCAUUGUCCUCAUCCUCACUUCUACUCCCAGGAGAACUCGGUGACAACGUUGAGCAGGUUGGGGACAGCUGUGGUUUAUCAGCGCCCGCCAGGGUCAGCGGCUCCAAGGGCUUUUCCUGUUUCCGGGCCUGCGGGAGUAGGACAAAUGACAGGCAAAACAGACAUUAUGUUAUUUCCCGAGUGAACGUGACAGUUUAUCCGUCAGCAAUGCAGAAGCCACCGUGAAGCCCAGCGUGUGACCGGGUCAAGCCCUGCUCCUCCCGCUCCCCACCUUUCUACCCCUCACAGCUCCUGUAGAAGUCAAGACCAGUGUGGGAGAGACGUGGGCAGGGGCCUGAAGAAUACCAGAGUGGAAAAGAAAAACAGGAAAAAUAUAUCUGGAAAGGCAGGGGUGACAGAAUGGAAGGAGCAGGGGAUACAAAACUUGAGUGUGGGCCUAAGCUCUGGCACUUAUUGGCGGUGCAACUAAGGGGAAAUCCCUGGGCCUCGAUUUCUUUAUCUGUAAAAUGGGGAUAAUAUCUGAACUAACGAUCACCAGGUGAUGGCAAGGAUUAAAUGAGACAGUAAUACAUGAAAGUAUCUGGUCGGCUACCCAAUACUAAGGCGGUACAAUUACACUCCGCCUCAGAGGCCAGGGAGGCAUUCGGCUAAGGAGAAGUACAAUGGUCAGAAGUCACCAACUGAGACCCUUCGGAGAACAUAAGCAGUUAAAGACUUCCCGUCCCCUUCCACAUACCAGCAGAGUCACCCCAGAGACGGCUGCCCUCCCUCCCAUGUCCAGACCCAAACAUUAAGUCCCACCUCGCGUGGGGAGAGGCCGAGGGGAGCGCGACCUUGAGAGAAGUGCCAGACAAGGGCCUGGUGGAAGAAAUGGGACGACAGAUGACGCCUCCCUCCCCCAAGGCCGCCUGAGAAUGCACGGCGUCUCUUUUGUUGCCAUUAAUCAAGGGCCCAGUCCAGUUUCUGGUCCUCCGAGUAAGAAGAGACGCAGCUGCCUGUACCUCAAUCAGGGUCCCCAGAGCGACAUCCACCAUUUCAGCUUCACUCAUGCAGUACACGGUCCUCGCCGCGGCAAGCCUGAAAGGAAGGCAUGAUGCUAGGAUGGGGACGGACGGGUCUCAGGUCUCAAGAGGGGGAAGAACACGAGAGCAAGAGUCACAUCCCCAGGCCUACCCACCCGCCACCGCUUUCCAAUCUGGCCGGCUCCUGAGGGUCAGUGCCCCACGUGCAAGGGACACCAGCAGAUCAAAUAGAUCAUCGCGCCCAGACACGACUGACCCCCAACCUGCACCCAUGACCACAGUAGAGCAGGACUGCAAGUCAGAAGGGAGGUGGGUCCAGUUAGGACAACUCAGAAAAGGAAGAGCCAGGGAGGGGGGGCACUGUAGUGCCCAGUCUAGGAGAAUGCAGGGACGUCCCCUCCCCGGCAGCCCGAAGACUCCCCCAAAUUACCACCGUUCAACUAACUGGCCCUGCAGCUUCUGAUUCCACGCUGGCCCAGCAACUGCUACUCAUCUGUCCGUCCCUGAAGAUUUGCCCGUGGGGAGGCUGGACCCUGGUCCACUUAGCUUGACCCCUGGCUGGUCACAGUUUUUGGUGCAAAUGAAGAGCCUGGCAUUUUGGACAAGUGGU